AUGAUGCGCUGUGGUGUGUGCGCAGUGCCCAUCGCGCCUGGCCGCGGAGGCUUCCGUGGCGCCAGCCACACGGCGGUCUUGACGCUGUCCGGUGUCGUGGUGUUCUCGUCGGUGCGCAGGAUGUGCACGACGCAGGAAGUGUUGAACACCGCGCAGAAGGCCUUGGGGUGCUUGUCGAUGACAGAGCGCAGGGCAACAAUGAAGUCGUUCAGCGGCAUUGACUGGCGGUGGAUGUCGGCGACGCCGCGGUUGCGCGGACUGCCCUUGCGUGUGCCCAGACUCGCGUGCUGGGUGCCCAAGAGCUCCUGCACAUCCGCCUCUCGCAGCGUGUAG